AUGAUGCGAGAUUUUUGUUUAUUCAAAGGCCUUGAAGAAGUCACUAUCUCAGGAUGCAAUGGAGCUGUGGUGAAAUCUAGAGAAGAAGAUUUCGUGGCUAGAUUAGGCGAAUGGUUCAUGGAUUACAGAGAAUACACUCCUUUCGAAAAUGGUCGGUUUUUAUCGAGGCUACCGAGGUAUCUGGAUGCUGGAUUCCGGUCGCGAUUGUCCGAGGCAUUUGUGGUUUCGGCAGUGGAAUAA